GUGGUAACAUAUAUGAUACCCACACCGCAGAAAACCCUGUGUUUCAUGGGAACAUAUUGAGAUAGAUAUGCACGCUACAAAUGAAAGAACUAAAAGUGGCUUGAUCAGGUUGCAACAUGGCGAGACAACUAAUCAAGUAGCAUAUUUGGUCACUAAGGGGCUCGAUCGAUUUCACAUCAUGGGAUCUUUCAAUCAAGUUGAGAAAUGCAAACUUGUUUGAAUUGCCAACUUGAGCGGGGUAUCAGACUUAUGAAUGAAAGAUGUAGUUGGAUUCCAGAUGAAGAAAAGAUUGUGUCGAAGUGAAAGAAGAAGGAAGAAGACGUUUUGGGUUUCUCAUUUCAUCUGAUUAGUCUGUCAGUCAUUUUAAGUGGAACACCAUAGUUUAUUAGUAGACAUUAUUAGCAGUUAAAGAAUAGUAUUUAGUUUUGAUAAUGAUGUGUAAUAAUUUUUCUUGUGUAAGACCGGCUGAUAAUCGGGUUGAUCCAAUAUAGAAGGCAACAGAGAACUCAGUUGUUUGCUGGAUUUCUGAUUCCCGAAUUUCCUUUGCACAUCAUUGAUAAUCUACCAAGAAUCGAAGAUGAAAUAAUUUUUUUUAUCAUGAAAUGAACAAUCUUACAAUCAACUUUCUUUCUUAACUGUGCCUUCAUCAUUUUGUCAAACAAUCCUGCAAUUAACUUACUUUCUUAAUUGUGCCUACAUCUUUUUGUCAACACGAUCCUGCAAUUAACUUUCUUUCUUAAGCGUGCCAUAUGUUUUUUUGGCAUAUCCUACUCGGCAUUUCUUUUCUUUCCUUAACUCAGAGCAGGGGAGGGAAGAAAACAAGACAAUAAAAAGGAGGGAGGGAGGGAGAGACGAAGCCAUAGAGCUACGAAGCUCUUACCAGUUACCACCAUAAGCACCAAGCCAAACAACGCCUCCGUAAGCUUCUUCACUGCUUCACCUUCUUCCCUGUUUCCACUAUCUCCUCCAGAUCUCUCACUUUCUCGGAGAACUCUUUUUGGGUUUAGAGAAAUCGGAAGCCAAACAAAGCACAAAGCCGCUUUUUCUCAGCUCACUUUUCACGACUAUGGUUUUUCCUUGAAACCCGAAAACAGGAAAGCAAGGUGAUUUUCCCGCCGCCCGGCCCCGAGUCAAACUCUCACUCGACUCGAGUCCUUUAUUUAUGAGAGCGGAUCCCAUGACUAAGGGGGGGGGGGGUCCUUAGUCACUUGACUAAGCCCCUCCUAGCCAUUAGAUCUGGACACUUCAAUCCAAUGGUUAAAAAGUGGGAAGGGCUAUUUAAUUAAUGACAGGGGUAGUUUGGGUAUUAUGGAAAAUUACGAAGUAUACAAACCGGAUUUACAAUCAGUACAAACCAUACAAACAUACGAACAGUACAAACUAGAGCGACAAAACAUACAAACAGAUUUACAAACAUUACAAACGUAUGAACUGUACAAACAAUACAAACUAGACUGACAAACAAUACAAACCAUACAAAAAGAAAAAACAACCGGGUUGACUUUGGAGGCUCCAUCCCUAUAUAGAGGGGCUCCUUUCCAAAGUCAACCCGGGUAUUUUUUAGACAUACAAACAGUACGAACAUGGUGGACAAAAAUGACAAACUAGACCGACAAUCCAUACGAACGGGAAAAAACACCCGGGUUGACUUUGGAGGCUUCAUCCCUAUAUAGAGAAGUUCCAUCCAAAAGUCAACCAGGUUGUUUUUUAGACAUAAAAAACAUUACAAACAUGGUUGACAAAAAUGAUAAACAUGGUGCACAAAAAUAACAAAGUUUACAAACAUUACAAAAUAACAAAGCAUACAAACAUUACAAAAUAUGUCAACAAACAUCACAAAAUUGGCACUAUCGCCGGAAAAUUCUUCUCCGUCGACGAUGGUCGCCGGAAAAUAUUAUUCCGACCAGAAAAUCUUUCCGACCAGAAACUCUCUCUCUCUCUCUCUGGGACGAACCAAAUAAUAAAUGGCAGGAUGUCUCUCUCUAUGGUGGGCACGCACCAAAAAAAAAUGGCAGUGGCAGCUGGCAGGUGCACAACCACGCACCGGAAAAGCCUCGACCCGCCGGGAAAUUUUGAUCGGCGAGGAGAGGGGCUGGUCGGCCGCUGGGAAAUUUCGUAGGGUCGCUGCUGUUGGAUUUUAUAAUUAUUAAUUUUUAAAAUUAAAAUAAUAAUGAAUCAAGUAAUUACUACACUACACUUUAUUAAAUUAAAUUAAUUAGAGCCAUUGGAUUUUAAUGAACUUGAAAGUCUAAGAUUGACUUAGGCAAGUUACUAAGGAGACCCACUUAGUCACCAUAUCUUGGCCCUUAUUUAUGGGUUGCUGCCAGUCAUGCUUCACCAAGCCGCCGAGCUCCUCCGACGUCCAUCACAGCGUCCACGGCAACGACCAUGACCACCAUCACCAGCCGACCAACGGCGCCGCUUCCCCUGCCUCCACCGGCGGCGUCCCGGCGUUCGCCGAGUUCUCGCUCGCCGACUUGAAAGCGGCGACCAACAACUUCAGCUUUUAUUUCAUCGUGUCCGAGAGCGGAGAGAAGGCUCCGAAUGUAGUGUACAAGGGACGUUUGGGUAACAACAACAGCAGUAGUGGAAUUACUGAUGAUAAGAAGAAUAGCGAUCGGAGAUGGAUCGUUGUCAAGAAAUUCACCAAAGUCGCCUGGCCUGAUCCCAAACAGUUCGUUGAUGAAGCGUGGGGAGUUGGGAAGUUGAGGAACAAGAGGCUGGCUAAUUUGAUUGGUUACUGCUGCGAUGGAGACGAGAGGCUACUAGUUGCAGAGUACAUGCCUAAUGAUACUCUAGCUAAGCACUUGUUCCACUGGGAAAGUCAAACCAUUGAGUGGGCUCUGCGCUUGAGAGUUGCUUUGUACAUGGCAGAAGCUUUGAAUUAUUGUCGUGCUGAAGGUCGUCCACUGUACCAUGACUUGAAUGCUUAUAGGGUUCUGUUUGACGAGAAUGGAGAUCCCCGACUAUCAUGUUUUGGACUGAUGAAAAAUAGCAGGGAUGGGAAAAGCUACAGCACCAAUCUUGCCUACACACCUCCCGAGUAUUUAAAAAAUGGUAGAGUCACCCCAGAGAGUGUUAUCUUCAGCUUUGGUACAGUGCUUUUAGACCUUCUCAGUGGAAAGCAUAUUCCUCCUAGCCAUGCUCUUGAUAUGAUCCGUGCAAAAAACCUCCUUUUCUUGAUGGAUUCACAUCUGGAAGGGAACUUUUCUACUGAGGAGGCAACUGUAGUCUUUGAUCUAGCCUCACGAUGCUUGCAAUACGAGCCGAGAGAGAGGCCAUGCACCAAAGAUAUUGUUGAGACACUUUCCCCUCUGCAGAACAAGUCUGAUGUUCCUUCCUAUGUGAUGCUGGGAAUAUCCAAGCAAGAACAAGCACCACCGACACCACAACAUCCUCUUUCUCCCAUGGGCGAUGCCUGCUCGCGAAUGGACCUGACAGCUAUACAUCAGAUAUUAGUAAUGAUGCACUACAAAGACGAUGAAGGAACCAAUGAGUUGUCUUUCCAGGAAUGGACGCAACAAAUGAGAGAUGCUGGAAGCUAGAAAGCGAGGAGAUGUUGCAUUUCGUGAUAAAGACUUCAAAGCUGCCAUAGACUGUUACUCUCAGGUGCGCCAGUUGUUCCCAUUCUAGGUCGAAUACAUGAUACAUCUAACG